CUAUAAAAACCGAUGCUUUUAUUUUGGUAGUACCUAUCCGGUUGUUCUUCCGGUGUCAAAGCGUAGCUCCUCCGUGAAGAAGAAGACGCGCAAGGACCUGAGACGGAGCCCCACUGUAAAACUACUAAAAUCAUGUCCCACACCAUCCUGCUGGUGCAGCCCACCAAGAGGCCCGAGGGAAGGACGUACGCCGACUAUGAAUCCGUCAACGAGUGCAUGGAAGGUGUGUGCAAGAUGUACGAGGAGCAUUUAAAGAGGAUGAACCCCAACAGCCCGUCGAUAACGUACGACAUCAGCCAGCUGUUCGACUUCAUCGAUGACCUCGCCGACCUCAGCUGUUUGGUGUACCGUGCGGACACGCAGACGUACCAGCCGUACAACAAGGACUGGAUCAAGGAGAAGAUCUACGUGCUGCUGCGCCGUCAGGCCCAGCAGGCGGCCAAGUGAAGCCCGCUCUGUUCUGUUACUGCUGUUCCAAUGGUUUAAGUGUCGCCUUUUCACGGGUUUUUGACAAAGUUUUUAAAAGUUUUUUUUCUCAUGUAGGGGGAGGGGAGGUGCAUUUUGUAUUUUAAUGUUUGCCUUAUUAAUAAAGAUUUCGUUUAAAUAACUAAAA